GCUGCACUCCGGCAACAAGCCAGUCUCGUCUCGCAACUGCAGAAGGACAUAGAGCGAUUGAAGCGCGAGACUUCCACCAUUGAAUCCGAGUUGAUGACCACUGGAUCCACAAAGACUGCGGAUGAUCUCCAGGAAGAGCUUGAUAGCCUAUCCGCCAACAUGCGGACCAAUGACCGAGACAAACAGACUCUCAUGACAGAUCGCGAGCGCCUGAACAACACUCUUCGCCUCUACGACUCAGAGCUCAGUCGCUUGAAGGUCCGUGAGAGCGAGGUAAAGAGUCAGGUGCGCGAAAAGGCAACGCUCGAGGGCCGUAUCAAGGAGUGGAAAGAAGACAUCUCCAACUUCAGCACUCAGCUCAAGGAAUUGGAUGCCAAGAUAUCCGAUGCGCAAGCACCCAUCGAGCAGCUUGAGCGGGAAUGGCAACAAACGCAACGCGAGCUCAGCACCAAAAUUGCUGAAGCACAGCGAACGUCUCAAGAGAUCAAUAUGUCAGCUGACAAGCUUGACAACAGGACGAAGUCGAUAGACCGGUACGUCUGUUCCAGCAUCUUGACUUCAGCAACUGACUGGCUGUGUGAAGAUAUGUGAAGGAAAGGCGUGGUCGUCGGCUUAAGGAGUGCAACGAACGGGUCGAGCAGCUUGAAGAGCAGAUCAAGGAGCUGGGCAUGGAAUUAGAGAAAGUGCAGAACAACAUCCGACUGAUCGACAAGGAGAUCAGCGAGAGCGCUGCGUCUAUGUCAAAUCUUCGCGAGAACCUUCGCGUUCGCCGUCUUCGC